AUGGACGGCAGGGUCGGCUUGCAGGAUUCUCGGCAUGGGCCUCCGGGCGCCCGCCUGCUGGCUGUGGGGCCACCGGGCGGUCCUCGGCGGUGCCGUGCUCGUUGCUUGCGGCGCGCGAGGCCUGCACGGCUCCGCGGUGUCCUCAGGAGCCUGCUCAAGAAGUUUGCAGCGAAGACCAGAAAGAAGUUUUGGUAUGAAGGUCCGUCCCUGGGAUCUUACUUGGCUGGCAAGCCGUCAAAGUCGGAGGCCUUCGUGAAGGCCCCUAGGAAGACCAGGCGGGAGGACCACGUGCGCCUGUGGGCCCUGAACGGCCUUCUGCACAAAGCCCUGGCCGAUCUGCUGUGCACCCCCGAAGUGAGCCCGGAAGUCUGUGACCUCAGCGUGGAGCUCUCGAAGGUCUCCCUGAGUCCAGACUUCUCCGCCUGCCGCGUGUACUGGAGAACGAGCCUCUCCGCGGAGCAGAACGCACGCACACAGGCGGCCCUGCAGAGGAGUGCCCCGCACCUGAGGCACCUCCUGAUGGCCCAGCAGACCCUGAGGGCUGUGCCACCCAUCGUGUUUGUCCAGGACCGGGAGAGCGCAGCCCAGGCCGAGGUUGAUCAGCUGCUGGCUGUGGCUGACUUUGGACCACCAGGUGACAGAGACGACGCUCAGAAUGACUCCAGGAACCUUGGCGCCUGGUUACCUGCUGACACCCCGGAGCCAACUGCACCCGAGAGUGUCUGCGGGAUUGACCACGAGGCUCUCAACAGGCAGAUUACGGAGUAUAGGAGGAGAGAGCGGGUGCCCGGCGCCAGGGCCCUGGGCUGGCCACACCCCUGAGGAGGGUGGAAGGCCCCACCCCGACUGGGCCUGCAACCAGGACCUGCCCGCCCUCACCUGCAGGGGGACGACCAGGACCUGCCCGGCCUCCGCUGCACAGCAUGCGGGGUGGGGGAAUAGGCAGGACG